GUUCAGUGUUCCCGUUACCAAGGCGACUAUUGAGCACCGUCACCGGUUGGCGCAGCCGUUACGACGUCACAAGUGAUACCGGGAAUUCCUCUCCCUGCCGUGACGGGGAACCGGAAUCUCAAGACUCCGCCGGGAGGAGGCGGACACAUAGUGUCCACCAGCGUACGUCAAACCAUGAGGCGGCAACCGUGUUCAUUCGCCGCGUUUCCUGCCCGUGUGUUCUCGUGAGCCCCCCGGUCCGCCGCGCGGAGGAGGAGGAGGAGACGUGUCCGUGUGGCUGCGGGACACAAGUUUAGUUUUUCAUGACAACGCUUAGAAAAAAGACAACAUGGUCAACCGCAUCUUCAUCUGCAUUUCCUGCUCAUAAACACCAGAUCUGAGAUCUGUGCAGGCGCUAAGGUGACUCGAGCAAGGCCGACUGGAAUAAGGUCCGCCAUGUUCUCUGAUGCCCUUGAAGCAGACGGGAGGGUGGAAGGCCUGCCUCUGUCCUCCCCGCAACUGAUGCCAGAGCAGGCGGAAGAGGAAACGGAGGCAUCGGCACAGAGGGGGCCAAAGAGACGAGGCCGCUACCGCCAAAGCCUGCAGCUUUUAAAGCCCUUCAGAAUAACACACGAGCACCAGCACCCAGUCGAUAACGCCGGCUUCUUCUCAUUUAUGACCCUGCACUGGCUCUCCCCACUGGCACUGAAGGCCUACAAGGCGUCCAGCUUGUCUAUAGAUGAUGUGUGGGGACUGUCCUGCCAUGAAGCCUCUGAGAUCAACUGCCAAAGGCUCGAAGCUUUGUGGCACGAUGAGCUGAAAAGUCGAGGGCGAGAGGGGGCCUCCCUGACCAGAGUCUUCUGGAGGUUCUGCCAAACCCGCACGCUGGUGGCCAUCUUUUCCCUCCUCCUCACAAUGGUGGCGGGCUUCGUUGGGCCUGCUCUCCUGGUCCGAGCUCUGCUGGAGUAUUCCCAGAGCUCAGUGAGCUGCGUGCCUUAUGGCCUGUGUCUGGUAGCCGGGAUCUUCCUCAUGGAAUUGAUGCGCUCCUGGUCUCUGGCGCUCAUGUGGGCCGUCAACUACCGCACUGCAGCCCGCCUCCGUGGGGCAGCUCUCACUUUUGCGUUCCACAAGAUCCUCCGCCUACGCAGCACUAAAGACAUCGGUACAGGCGAGCUCAUCAACAUCUGCUCCACUGACGGCCAGCGGCUGUAUGAAGCGGUGUCACUGGGCUGCCUGCUGGCCGGGGGGCCCCUCGUGGGAAUACUGGGUCUUUCCUACACUGCAUACUACCUGGGCCCCACUGCUGUGCUGGGAUCAGCAGUUUUCAUCCUCUUCUACCCAACCAUGAUGCUCGCAUCGAGACUGACGGCGUAUUUCCGCAAGAAGUGUGUGGUGGUGACUGACCGCCGCGUGAGGCUGAUGAACGAGAUCUUGGGCUGCAUAAAGUUCAUCAAGAUGUAUUGUUGGGAAGACGCCUUUGCACGGAACAUUCACAAGGUGCGAUCAGAAGAGAGGGGGAUACUGGAGAGUGCGGGGGUUGUCCAGAGCCUCACAGUGGGUGUGGCUCCCAUCGUCGUGGUGAUAGCCAGCGUGUGCACUUUCACCCUACAUAUGGCUCUGGGUCAAGAACUUACUGCAGCUCAGGCUUUCACUGUGGUGGCAGUUUUCAACUCCAUGACCUUUUCCCUGAAAGUCACACCAUUGGCUGUGAGGUCACUGUCAGAGGGUUCUGUCGCAGUUAAAAGAUUUCAGAGGCUCUUUAUGAUGGAUGACAGAGAGGUUGUUUUGGUCAAAACGGAGGAUCCUAACAAUGCAGUGGAAUUUCGGGACGCCACACUGGCUUGGGAAAAGGCACGUUCUCCGGCUGCGAAGCCUAACCCGCCUCCUAAGAAGCGAGGAGGGAUGACGCGCGUCCUGCGCAGGGAGAAGCUCAGCCUGUACAUUUCCACAGAGGACGACAAAGGAAACAAGGAAGGUCCCAACGCACAUAGUCUCCUCACAAAUAUGGAGCAGGAGAGUCCACAAAGCACCAUCUCCUCCACUCAAAGCGUACGACCUCCGCUGCACAAGACCCUGCACCGCAUUGACCAAUGCAUUAAGAGGGGUUCACUGGUUGGAAUCUGUGGCGGUGUCGGCAGCGGAAAGAGCUCCCUUCUGUCUGCUCUACUGGGACAGAUGACCCUGUUAGAGGGUAAUGUAGCUGUCAGUGGUGGCUUCGCUUACGUGGCACAACAAGCCUGGAUCCUCAAUGACUCACUGAAGGAGAAUAUUCUGUUUGGAAAUGAGUAUGACCAAGACAAAUACAAUGCUGUCCUGGAAGCCUGCUGCCUUCUCACAGAUCUCGCAGAGCUUCCAUAUGGAGAUAUGACUGAGAUUGGAGAGAGAGGUGCCAACCUGAGUGGAGGGCAGCGCCAGAGAGUGAGCCUGGCUCGUGCCCUCUACAGUGAGCGGCCCAUACUUCUCCUGGAUGACCCUCUCAGUGCGGUUGAUGCUUGUGUUGGUUCCCACAUCUUCCAUAAAGCUAUCAGGGGUGCCGCCAAAGGCAAAACGGUGCUUUUUGUAACCCACCAGCUGCAGUAUCUGUCUGACUGUGACAAAGUUAUUCUGAUGAAGGACGGGCAGAUUGCCGAGCACGGCACCCAUGCUCAGCUAAUGGGUAAAGAGCGUGACUAUGCCAGCCUAUUCAACAGCAUGCAACAGGAGAAUCUGGUGAAAGAGAAUUUAAAAAACAAACGGCAUGGGGCAGAUGCAGCAAAGGCUGACGGUGCUGUGGUUGUCAGACCAAAGGUGGAGAGCACGAAAGGAGAACAACUGAUGAAAGCGGAGGAGAAGGGCUCUGGUGCGGUCGCCUGGUCUGUGUAUGGAGCCUACAUCAAAGCAGCAGGAGGGCCUAUGGUCUUCAUCCUCAACAUCUUCCUCUUCCUGUCCACCACGGGCAGCAUAGCCUUCAGUAACUGGUGGCUGAGCUACUGGAUCAGGCAGGGCAGCGGGAACACAUCAUUAAUCUUAGUGAAUGAAACGAUGGCGGGCCACAGCAUGAGACUCAACCCUCACAUUCAGUACUAUUCAACAGUUUACGUUGUUUCCAUGGCAGCUGCUUUACUGCUGAAGACUUUGAGAGGGCUGGUGUUUGUGAAGUGCACGGUGAAGGCUGCCUCUGUGCUCCACGACAAGCUGUUCGACCGGCUCCUCCUCAGCCCCAUGCACUUUUUUGAUACGACACCUCUGGGCCGUAUCCUGACCCGCUUCUCCAGAGACAUGGAUGAGGUCGAUGUGCGUCUCACCAUGCAAGCUGAGAUGCUUCUGCAGAACCUGACCCUGGUGCUGUUUUGCUUGGGUAUGGUGGGCAUCGUCUUCCCCUGGUUCCUGAUCUCCAUCCUGCCACUGGGAGCCUUCCUCUUCAUUGUCAACCGUGUCUCCAGGGUUCUGAUCCGUGAGCUGAAGCGCCUGGAGAACAUCAGCCAAUCACCAUUCACCUCUCACAUCACCAGCAGUCUUCAGGGACUUUCCACAAUCCACGCCUACGGAAGAGGGCACGACUUCCUCCAAAGAUAUCGGGAAUUAUUGGACACCAACCAGGCCUCCAACUACCUCUUCAGCUGCGCCAUGCGUUGGCUGGCUGUCCGCCUGGACCUCAUCAGCAUCUCUCUUAUCACUGGUGUAGCACUUCUUAUUGUCUUCAUGCACAAUCAGAUACCUCCAGCCUAUGCAGGCCUCGCCAUAUCAUACGCUGUGCAGCUGACCGGCUUGUUUCAGUUUACUGUGCGGCUGCUCACAGAGGCCGAAGCUCGGUUUACAUCAGUUGAGAGGAUCGAUCAUUAUAUUAAGUGUCUCGAGAGUGAAGCACCCCGACAAAGUUCUGAGGCAGAUGCUCCUGCUCCCUCCUGGCCUCAGCAAGGAAAGAUCACCUUCCAGGAUGUGGAGAUGCGAUAUCGUGACGCUCUGCCGCUUGUGCUCAAGAAACUCUCCUUCACAAUCCUGCCUAAGGAGACCGUUGGCAUUGUGGGCCGAACAGGAUCAGGAAAGUCCUCUCUGGGUGUCGCUCUCUUCAGACUCGUGGAGCUGGCCGGAGGCUCGAUUGUUGUUGACGGAAUCAAUAUCGCACAGAUUGGUCUCGAUGACCUGCGAAGCAAGCUAGCCAUCAUUCCUCAAGAGCCGGUGCUCUUCAUCGGGACAGUCAGGACAAAUUUAGACCCAUGGGAUCAAUACUCUGAUUCCCAGAUAUGGGAAGCGCUUGAGAAUACGCAUAUUAGUGAGCUGAUCAGCCAGCUGCCUCAUUCGCUCCACUCAGAGGUGACGGAGAACGGAGAGAACUUCUCGGUGGGAGAACGGCAGCUGCUCUGUGUGGCCAGAGCUCUGCUGCGCAACAGCAAGAUUCUUAUGUUGGACGAGGCCACAGCAGCCAUCGACACUGAGACCGACCGUCUCAUCCAGGAGACCAUUCGCUGUGCGUUUGGCAGCUGCACUACGCUCAUCAUUGCCCAUCGUCUCAACACGGUGAUGAGCUGCAGCAGGGUCAUGGUCCUGGACAACGGACAGAUUUUGGAGUUUGACAGUCCCGCUGCCUUGCUGGCAAAUGAAAACUCAAGAUUCAGAGCCAUGAUCGAAGCAUAAGAGAACCAAAGCAGAUAAAAAAAAUUAAAAAAACACUGGUGCUGAACUUUGGAUGUGAAAAAUAUUCAGUGGAAUACCUGAAAUGCACAAAAAUCACAGUUAACUCCGUCCACCCGGGGUGUGAGAGAUAUGUGUUAAAAAAAUACAUUGGCUCCUGUGACGGCUGCGCCGUGUAAUACUGUCUGUUAUUUCAAAACCAAAGACCCAGGCACCACAUUUCUGACCGACUAAUCAUAUCUCACUAUGCAAACAAUAACAAAACAGCCUGCUUGUUAUUUUCUUGGGGCUAAAUAAUUAUCUGCGAGGGAAACAGAGCAACAACUCUGAUCAGAGCACUUUAUAAUAUAUGUAUAAUUUACGUGGACACAUGGUGCUUCCUUUUCCUCCGGAGGUCAGCUGAUCAGUGGGACUCGGAAUUAGUUUAAGUCUUUUUAUUUCCAAUAUUAAGACUUCACAUUGCAGGAAUUCACUGUCGAGAAUGUAUUAGUUAGUAAAGAUUAAUCAAUACAGAAUAUCUUUAAAGGAAUCAUCACCUGUUAGCCAUUCUUAUAAGGCACUGUCUAAAACGUGCUGAAAAUGUUUCACUGGUUUUCUUUUUUAUGUUUUAUGAAUCUAGUUCAAUGUUUUAAUGCAAUCAUUUUAGAAAACUAUUGCAGAAUCAAAAUGUGCCUAGAGCUGUAAACACUUUCAGGUCAUAUAAUGGAGUUAGCCAUAAGCAGGCAUGGAAGUACUGUGUUUUGGAAUGAGCGGAAGUUUCCACUAAUUCCAAAUGUUAAAAAAACUUGCACAUUUUACACUGAUGGUAACGUUUUCACGAGCAAGGUCAUUCUGGUGUUGAACAAAGUGUGUUUUGCAGUUGCAAUUAAGCUGAAACGGAGCAACACAGGAUGUUUCCUCAAAUGUUUCCACAAAGAUGGGGAUUGUAAACUUCUGCCUUAUAAUCAAGUUUGUGCUGAACAAUCUUAAAGAGUGCAAUAUUGCUUUGAUACAUUUUAAAGAUUGCCUUUGUUCACAUGAGAUUGUAACCUUUUUGUAAAUGUUUGAUAUUUCUUGAUAAUGUUCUUCAUUUUCAAUAAAGAUAUUUUUUAUAUUU